AGAAGAUUGAAUUUCUGAGAGGAAUUUACUGAAAUAUCUCUUAAAAUUCUUGGACAGGAAUGCUUCGACCUGGAAGGAAAGAAUUGACAUGAAAAUUUAUGAUGAUAUUGUUGCCCUUUUCUGUUCCUAUAAAAUAAUAUUGUGACCAUUUUUUAAUAAGGUAUCACACCUGUCAAAUCUUUUGGCCGAGUGUAGCUUGACCGCUGGUAUAAAAGCUAGCUCUCUUUCGCCGCAGUUACUCAUCUGGAACAUACCGAACAACUACGAUCAGCUGAUUUUAAUGUACAAGAUGCCGGUAAACCUUCAUUCCGUUUUUCAUUUGAUAAUCUUCACAGUGGCUCUUGUUUUCUGUACAGUUAUACCACAGUCAAUUGAUUCAAUAGAGGAUUUUCAACACUAUGAUACCGGCAAUAUAACCCAAGAACAAAUUAUGAGUAUCUUAUCACAAAACACCGAAUCGCAAAGCGAUUCAGAUGGAUUAAACUCUAACCGUACUCGAUGUCAGAGUUGUAGAAUUCGAGAGGAUCAGAAAAGAAUAAGAAUUGAAUCCAUUAAAAAUAGAAUAGCACAUGCACUGAAACUGGACAUUUUGGGUAUCCCUAAUAUCACCGACUUAAGGAUCCCAAAGGUGCCAUCUUAUCAGAGGCUCCGUGAAAGAUACGACAGCGAACAAAUUAUGAGUGAAAUGCAAGGAGAUGCACCAUAUUCUUAUGCAGAUCAAAUAGAAGACGAAGAAGAUGAGUUUGGACGGGCUGAAAGGACAUACAUAUUUUCCGAAGAACCAUCAGCGGCUCUCGAUAUUCAGACACCUAAUGCAAUUUAUUUCAAUAUGCCCACCCUGGAGAAUAGAGACGUAUAUAAAGCACUACUGUGGGUCUAUAUAGCACCGCGAAGUCAAUUCAACUUACCUAAAAAUGUUUCGGAAUUAUUUUUGUACAAGAUGGUCCCGCCAGGAAAACAUGGCGGACCGCCAGUCAAAAGAUUUAUGAAAAAAAGGAAAAAGAGCAUCCCGCGGACAAGCGGUUGGCACCAUUUUGACAUCACUAAUUUGGCAUACCAAUGGACUUCGGAUCCCGCUUCAAAUCUCGGGGUGGUAGUGGAGGCAUUUGACGCAGACGAAGAGAAUCUUAUUAUUCUUCCACCCACCACUGGCAUUAACGAAGGCUAUGAACCUAACUUAGAUUUACGGACAACCACUACAGCACAUGUCCGUAGAAAGCGAUCAACAGGACUUACGUGCGACGAACAAAACCAGUUCGAGGCUUGUUGUCGAUACCCGCUUACCGUAAGCUUUAUAGAAUUUGGUUGGGAUUUCGUCAUUGCACCUAAAUGGUACGAUGCAUACUACUGUGCGGGGGAAUGUAGGGACGAAGGAAUGAGCGACCACGGACAUUCGUCUGUUGUACAACAGGUGCCCGAGUCCAGGAUCAUCGGCAAUAACCCCGGACCUUGUUGUUCCCCUGUACGGAUGGCAAAUUUAAGAAUGUUAUACUUCGAUCAUACGUCCAGACUUCAACUCACAACGUUACCGAGAAUGAAAGUUGUUCGAUGUGGUUGCUCUUAAAGACGAUUUUGAAGAAAGACAAGUAGUAAAAUGUGUUUGUUUUCAUGAAAAGUAUGGAUCUAAGAUCCCUGGAUAGAGGGCUUCUGUGUGCCGAAUGCAAAAGAAAAUGUUAAAUUAGACGUCUUUUUCCUGGAUAGUUUUUGUUGCUUUGCAAUUUUUUUUUAAUAUAUAUGUUAAACUAUUUUAAACAAUUCAUUUAGAAACCUUUUUUGCUACUACAAAAUAUGAAAAAUAACGUUUUUAAUUUGAUUGAAGGCGAUUUCAUAUUGGUGCAAGGUAUUAACCACCGAUAAAGUCCACGAAUGAUACGUAGGAAUGAUAGACAUAACGCCAUCCAUUAAAGAUAAGUUUUAUCAUCAACCAACCACCUUUUUACAACGAUACAAAUAAUGUCAUUUGUUGAAAAAGAUUUUACUCUUUUUGGUUCUUUCUGGUUGAGGUUUGGUUUUGAUGAAUCUCUAUUGAUGAUAAAGCUUAUUCAAAAUUAAGAUUUAUCCAUUAAUGGAAGAAAAACCAUUCACAGUUGCAAUUUUGUAUCAUUGAGGAACUUUGUAUUUACCAAACAUUAUGAGAAUGUAUUAUAUGCAUAUAUUUUCCCAUUAUCUCUUCAAAAUAACUUUUUGAUGUUUUAGAGUUUUGCUGCGGCACGCAUUUAUAUUGGUUAGCUAUUACUUCAAUGCAAGAAAUAUAGGGCAAUUUUGAUAGAAAACGAACAAGGAACGAAAAGCAUUGUUUGCGGUGUUGAAAUCCUUUACUUGAUCUCUGGUUGAGACAGAACCUUUUAUAGCUGUGUGAUUUAUAGUGAGUUAUGUUGUGGUGCUUUUUCAUAAUUGUGCUUUAUGUGUUGUUUUUAUUAUGUCUCCAUUUAUUUGUUAAUAUACAGUUGGAUAGCACUUUGAGAACUCACUUAUAUAUUGGUUGAGAUGCUUUUUUGUAAUUUUUGUAUAGUAUCCUACCAAAAAUAGGAGUUUUAAAAUGUUAACACUUUGUGGCUAUUGGUGCAAUUCAGCAGAUGAAAGAUUAAGUCUGUUUAUUUGUUUUGUUUCUGUUUUGCAUUCCAAGAAUUUGUGAUUAAUUUGCUCCUAUGGAAUCUUGUUGUGAGAUGUGCAAUAUUACUAGUUAAGCCUGACGCCUAUUUUGAAUAGAAGAGUGGAGAUUUAUAUGUAUAAAUGACGGAGUUUUGUUUGUUGAAAAAUAAAUUUGCACAUUUUUGAUGUGCCUAAACAAUAUGAAAACUGUGAUAUUCGAAAUAAAAUAUACAUAAAUAUGAAUAGAUAUAAAUAUCUACUUGUUGUUUUUCAUUUUACAGUGAAAAAUGUCUAAUCAGACAUUCGUGCAAUCAGUCACACUGUUUAUUUCCAACGUUAAAUUGUUUUCCCACUUUUUAAUUUUUUUUUUUACACUUUUCAAUCCGACACCCUGUCUAUUCAAACACAAAAUUCGUCUCCCAGAGAGUUUCGGAUUAGACAGGUUUCACUGUAUAUAUGUUUUACAAUUGGUACAGUUCUAUACAAAAGUGACAUUGUUACGAGAUGUACAUAAAGUUAUUAUUACUUGGAA